AUGCUGGGAUUCAAACGUGGGUCCUUUCCGCUUUACGCGUUUACAAUUGUUUCUCGUAACGAUCAGGAAACUCCUCGAGAGUUGCGGAACAGAGCAGAGAAGCAAAGAAGAGAUAAAAUGAACCAAUCAAUAUCCGAUCUAGCUGCUAUAGUGCCGCCCGUGGCUAUACCAGCACGCAAAAUCGAUAAAACAAGCACACUUCGUCUGACCGCACACUAUUUACGAUCACAUCAAUACGUUUUUGGAGACAGCAUAAAUAGAGGGAGGAACAGCAGAGGAUUCAGCUUAGAAUUUACAAAAACCUUAUUGAAGACACUAAAAGGCUUCCUCAUUACGAUCACUUAUAAAGGUCUUAUUGUGGUCGUAUCGCCCAAUGUCCAGCAGUAUUUAGGCUACUCAGAGUUGGAAUUACUCGGCCAAAAUAUAUUCAACUACGUACAUGUGCAAGACCACAAUCUUUUAAGGGAACGGCUGAUGCCACCAAAGAUAAUGAUGGGCUUGAAUGGCGAACUUCUGGUACCACAAGACGAUGAAGGAAGGGCGCGCGUGGAAUAUGCUCUUAGUAAUGAAAAACGGAACUUCACUAUUCGUUUCAAAAGACCAAAUCAACAGAGGACUGGACCGAUACACUAUGUGACUUGUCAUAUACAGGGGACCCUGCGAAAAGCUGACAAGGCCGGUCUUAGAUAUAAUCGUUACAGUCAGAUUAUACGUCGAGCUAGAUUUAGAGGGGAGACGCCUAGAUCUAGUGGGAAUGACGUCGUAUUCAUCGGUAUAGCAAGACCAACGACUGAAACGUUUAUGACAGAAAGUAUACUCGAGUCGUUUAAAAUGGAAUACCGCACUCGACAUUCAAUAGACGGCCAAAUAAUACAAUGUGAGCAGAGGAUAGCUCUGGUCACUGGUUAUAUGACGCAUGAGGUUAGCGGGGUGAAUGCCAUGAAUUUUAUGCACCGCGACGACGUGCGUUGGGUCAUCGUGGCGUUACGUGAAAUGUACGACGAGAACCGUCUAUAUGGCGAAUCGUGCUACCGCUUGAUGACAAAAAAUGGAAAAUUCAUCUACAUGAGGACCAGGGGUAGAUUAGAUGUUGAUAGGAAUACCAACGCAGUGACCAGCUUUAUGUGCGUAAAUACAGUGGUAACCGAAGAGGAGGGGAAACAACUGAUUCAGUCAAUGAAGAAGAGGUUUAUGCUCAUCGUAAAUAAUGGUGAAGAUAAAAGUGAAACAAAUGCUUUAGAGGAGAAGAACGACAAGGCAGUAGCUGUUGAAGACCCGGAGCAAUUGCAGGAAGUUAUCCUUCACUUGGUCACAAACUUGCCGUCGCAAAAUAACAAUUUUGUUCCUUCAACCAUUAAUGAAGAUAUUGGAUUUUCAAGAUUAUCUAUCAUACCACCGAAAAAAGACAGAAUCCUCGACGCUAUUCUGAAGAGUAGUUCCGUUAUAGGUAACAUGGGGCAGAACGAAAUCAACUACGUCCAUUCAGAGACCAGUAACGUCAUUGGAAUAAGGCGUCCUUGCAUUGACAACAAUGAUAUCAAAACACCGACCAAAAUGUCUAAAAGCGACGAUAUGUCUGAUGAGAGUCUUCUGGAAUUUCUUCAGUUGGACUCUGGAGGAGAAUUUGCAAUCGCUGAUAUGGAUGCAAACGGCAUAAACUAUAAGGACAUUUUAGAAGAAGCCCAACUGGACAAGCAGUCUUAUUUUGAAAAUAUUGAUUAA